ACAUGUGGGACAACAACAGAUACUGUGGAUUUUUUUAUUAUGAGUGGGAGAAUUCAAACCAGAAUUCCCCAUCACUUGAGGGUUCCCCCCACACAGCAAACUUUCUAUAAAGACAGGGAGCAUUGUCAUAAACGACACAGCAGCAAGUUAAACUUGAGUGUUUCACCUUAUCCAACAGACUUCAUCCAGUAUAACAGAAUGACUGCUUCUCGUCUCGUCGUUUUCUCCGCAAUGGUGGUGCUUCUGGGUGCUAUUACACUCAGUGAAGGGAUGCGUAUGGGACCAACGAAAUGCUGUUUCACUUUUUCGGACCGUUCGCUGCCAAUCAAACAACUGAGGGACUACAGCAUGACAAGCCAGCAGUGCCCAACCGAAGCUGUGAUGUUUAAGACUAUAAGGGGACGUCUGGUGUGUGCCAAACCCGCAGACCAAUGGGUACAGGAUCGCAUGAAGGUCCUUGACUCAAGGGGCUUAGGGGGCCAAGGGACCUUGUAAGCAAGGUGACCAGCAUCUUUCACUGUUUGGAAACACAAGAACGAGUGUGGAGUGAGAUUGAAGAAUGAAAUAAUUGCACCCACCGACAAAUGUAUUGUCACUAAUUAUUCAGCAUGUUAAAGCUAUGGGUUCAACAAACCACUAAAAAUGGUACCUAAGGAAAAGUUUUUUCCUGUUGUUUUGAAUUAUUUACCUUUUCGACUUAACUGUCGUGUGUCUUACUAAUGUAUUUCUGAAGAGUGCACUGCUGAAAGAUGAAAAAAAUCGAUUAUAGAAAUGAUUAUCUUUAAAUGUAUUCAAAGAUCUUUUUCAGUGUUCAGGGUAAUAUAAAGUUUGCCAUAUUUUGCGUAUUAUGUAACGAAUGUUUUCUUUUUGGGCUACAAACCUGUUCACAAUAAAAACUAGUUUAAUUC